AUGAGGGAGGAGGCAGGAGGCCGCGCACCGGCUAGGACUCUGCGAGCGCGGCCCGGGCUGGGCCUGCGGAGCAGCUACAAAGCCCAACCCAGGCCGCUAGCCCGGGCACACUCACCCGCGACCGCGGAAACGCAGCUGACAAUGUCCGCACUUCCGGAGGGAGGGACGAUCCGCAGCCGAGCCAAUGGGCGCCUUCAACGGGGACGACAAAGGCGCGCUUACGUCAGCCCGGGGUCGCACAGCACGCAGCAGCGUUUCCCAGGGGCGCGGCGAGGCUUCCGGCUCUGCGGCCUGCAGGUAGCGCGCAAGUCCUGCGCGUCCCAGGUGCCCAACUCAAAGCUCCGCUGCGGAAAGAAAGCCUGACCUGACUACACCCAGACCCAGAACGCAGGAUUAAAAUUCAGAACGGUCUCGGUAAAGGAUGCCUGUGCAAACGGCGCGGCACCCACACGGAAGGUGGCAGCUAGGCCGUUGAGGCAACUGUGGAUAAGCUAUUAGUUUUGCUGGUUUCUUAAAUUCAAGGGCAGAGCAAACUAACAUUAAGGCCAACUUUACAAACAUCAGUUGCUUAAAAGAAGCAGUUACAUCACUUUAUAAACGAAAAGUACUGACACUCGCUAGGAUGUCAGUACGUGUUGGUGAAGUUGUGUGAAAACUGGGACCCUCAUAAACCGCUGGUGGAAAUGUAGCGUGCAGCCUUUUUGGAAAUAUUUGGAAGUUCCUCAGAUGUUUACUCAGGUAACCUUAUGAUCUAGCAAUUCCACUCUAGUAUAUACUCAAGAAAUGAAAACACAAUCUGCACACAAACGUUCACAGUAGCAUCGUUCCUAAUAGCAAAAACAAAACCCCUUUAUCAGUUGACGAAAUGAUACAUGUUGAGCAUCAACCUAAAAAGCUUCAAAACCUGAGCCUGAGUGCUGUUAUCAUACUCAAAGGCAAUGCUCAAUGGAGCCAUUUCCAACUGGGGAUGAUCAAAUGGUAUAUUCACAUACUGGAUUAUUCUGCAAAGAAAACCACUGCAAAUUCCUUUUGGGAUAAUGAAACUUUUUGAGACAGGGUCUUGUUCUAUCUUGCCCACGUUGGGGUGCAGUAGUGCCCACUGCAGCCUCCCACCUCAGCCCCCCAAUUAGCUGGGACUACAUGGAAGUGACACCACACUUACUUUUUUUUAAGAGACAGGGUUCUGACAUGUUGCCCCGGCUGGGCUUGAACUCCUGGGCUCAAGCAGUUAGCCUCCACCUCCCAAAGUACUGGGGACUAUAGAAAUGAGCCACUGUGCCCAGCCAUGAAAAUGGUUUUUAAUGGUGCAGGGUAAACAAUCUGUGUUUCUAGUUCUAAUGCUAAAAAAUCCUCAUUUGAUCCAUCUUGUAAGGACACUUGAAAUAUGUUCACUAAUAAAGACAACCAACAUUCUUUUCCUUUUAA